CAGUUAUUCACCACGCUAGCCUGUUUAAGAUAUUAAGAUACAGAAGCACGCACCUCUUGGAUAGAACUGAUUCCGACUGAGGCACGACGCCAUAUUCGGCGAGUGACGCUCAUGGGAUAUAUGGGAAGAUCACAUAUGGGUCAAAUACAGAGCAUUUCAACUCAACUUCUUUCAUGUGCUGCAGAGCCAGUCAUAAAGUGACACGUCAUGUCCUUUGCGAUCCUUCUUGGACUUGUGCAGUUGAGAAUAUACGUGUCCGUUGCGGAGACAUCAGGCAGUGUACGAGAAAGCUCAAAAUAGCUUCGAAGAGAAGAACAAGAGGGAGAAAAGCGGCGAGUGGCCAGGCCGCCAAGGAACCGGGAAGUCAGAAUAUCGGUGAAGUCGUGUCCCAAACAAGGCGGAAAAUAAGAACAUCUGUCAGACGAGCCUUACUGAGAGCAACACAUGUAUUAAGUAGACGUAGAGCAAUAUUGGGGGGGCAGCGAAGGGCUCGGCAUGAUAGUGUAUUCGGAAAUGAUUCUGUGUGAGAUCUUCGAUAGUAACUCGAGACGUUAGCAGAAUUGAAUUCAUGUAGAACUCAUAUCCGAAAGUUAGGCUAGAUAACAUAGCCGAAAAGCAGGCACUUGGCGACCAGUGUUCUGAUACACGUUUGAGGGCUGAUUCCAUCGUACUCGGACAACAGCACGCGGUAGCCGGUGUGCACAGCGGUGGCCCUGAAAGAUGUCAGCCGCUAUCAAAUUAUGUUCAGGGCGUAACAGGAAGAUAUGACGACGUCGACAGAGACACCAUAUUAUAAUGUUGGCACUAGAGAUCGAUUGAACCUUCCAAUGUCGUGUAAGGAGAAAGUUGUGAUAAAGAUAGUAUGGUACUAUGUCGCGGAGUUGGGCGACAUUACCCGGAUCAAAUUACAUAAUUUAAUCAUCAGCCACACAAAGAAAGAAAAAAACAAAGCUUG